AUGCUGUCCCGACUUGCCAUCUCAUCUAGAUCCGCAUCUCCUAGAUUUACCUCAUUCGCUAUGCCUGUCGCUACUCAGCGCCGCUCUGUGGCAUCUUCGCAACCGCUUAAGAGCGCGAAACCACUCUACGCCUCGCAAACAACCAUCCCCCAUCUCCCCGUCCCCACCCUCGACUCGACCUUCUCCAAAUACCUCGAGACUCUCUCCCCUCUCCAGACGGCGGAGGAGCACGACCAGUCCGCCAAGCUCGUCAAGAAUUUCCUCUCGUCCCCGCUCUCCGAGAAGCUCCAGACGCGGUUGCAGGACAGGGCAAAGGAAAAGGACUCGUGGUUGUCGGAAUGGUGGAAUGAUGCGGCGUAUAUGGGGUACAGGGGGCGGAUCAUCCCGAAUGUCAACUACUUCUACACUCACAAAUUGGGUCUGGGCAAGGGAGAGUCGCAGGAGGAUAGAGCCGCCGAGCUAGUCCGGGGCGUAGUGGAGUUCAAGAAGCUUGUGGAUAGUGAGGUUUUGGAACCGGAGAAGGGCAAAGGCGGACCCCUCUGCAUGUCGUCCUACAAGUACAUGUUCAACGCCGUCCGAGUACCUACCUCCCCCGCGGACGUCCCCCUCGCAUACCCCGCGAACGAGAACCACCACGUCGUUGUCGUCCGGAACAACCGAUACUUCAAGGUCGACACUCAGGGGCGGGGCAAAAAGGAGCUCAGCGAGGCGUUCAAGCAGGUCAAGGAGAUGGCGGAUGGAAAGAAGGGGCCGGGUGUAGGAGUAUUGACUGGAGACGAUCGAGAUGUCUGGACCGAGGCCCGCCGCCACAUCAUGUCUCUAUCUCCCCAAAACACUGCCUCUAUCCAAGCUAUCGAAUCCGCCAUCCUCCUAGUAUGUCUCGACGGCGCUCAGCCCAAGAACGACGACGGUAGAGCCUGGUCGUACUGGUCCGGCGGUCUCUCUUCUUGGCCUGAAGGUCAAGGAUGGAACAGGUGGUUCGACAAGCACCAGUUGAUAGUCGAUGAGGCUGGCGAGACUGGCUUCAAUGGCGAGCACUCGAUGCUGGACGGUACCCCCACUCUGCGUCUGAACGAAUUCAUGCUCGCCUCCGUCGCCCAAGGCAAAAUCCCUCUCGAACUCCCCUCCAACGAAAAAUCAUCCUCCUCCAUGCCCAAACCGGAAGAACUCGUCUUCGAGCUUGACCGGAAAGCCUCAGAUGCGGUCGAGAAGAGUCGGAAAGGGUUCGAGCAGGAGAUGGCUCUUCAGCAGCUCAAGAUGGUCAAUUUCACCGGGUACGGUAAAAACGCCAUCAAGACCUUCAAGGCUUCCCCCGAUGCCUGGGCGCAGCUUGUCAAGCAGCUCGCAUUCUACCGACACAAAGGCAGACCGGGAGUCACAUACGAAUCCUGUCAAACCCGUAAAUUCCUGCUCGGCCGAACCGAAGUUAUCCGGUCUUGCUCAAAGGAGGCUAUCGACUGGGUCAAGGCGAUGGUCAAUGGCGCAGACGACAAGGAGCGCGAGUCAUUGUUCAGGAAGGCCGUGACGAGGCAUAUCCAGUAUUCGACCUGGGCGGCGGACGCGCAGGGGGUGGAUAGACACAUGUUUGGGCUGAAGAAGUUGGUUGGGAAGGGCGAGGAGAUGCCCGAGGUGUUCAAGGAGGAGAUCCACUCGAAGAGCAGUCACUGGGAGAUGAGUACGAGUCAGCUGAGUAGUAAAUGGCUUGACGGGUGGGGCUACGGAGAGGUGGUCGAUGACGGCUAUGGUCUCUCAUAUGCCAUCGGCGACGACAACAUUAGGUGGUGUGUGACCACGAAGAACGGGGACGCCGAGCAAUUCGCCAAGGCCCUCGAGAGCGCCGCUGAGGAGGUCCGAGCGAUGAUGGAAAGAGCUGCGGGGAAGGCUUAA